AAACAGAAAUCAUAACCAAGAAACGACGAAACUAGCCAAACCACAAACCACGCUAGUUUUGUGUUUAAGCUCCUCUUGUUAUUGUUUUAUGUUCAAUAAUUUACUGUUAUAGAAUUUAAGAUUUAGGGAGGUAUUUGAGUCAUCAUGGGCAGACCAGGAUUUUCCCCUAGAGGAGGCGGUGGUAGAGGAUUUGGAGGAGGCCGGGGAGGUGGAGGCCGCGGUGGAGGCGACAGAGGAGGCUUCGGGGGUCGUGGAGGCGGCGGAGGUCGGUUCAGUGGCGGGGGCGGCCGACCCAGCGGGGGUGGCAGAGGAGGCUUUGGUGGUCGCGGUGGUGGCAGAGGAGGUGGCGGAAGGGGUGGACGUGGAGGAGGCGGUGGAAGAGGUGGAAUGAAGGGAGGUAGCAACGUUGUAAUUGAGCCUCAUCGUCAUCCUGGCGUGUUCAUCGCCAGAGGUAAAGAGGAUGCUCUGGUUACAUUGAACAUGGUGCCCGGAGAAGCUGUCUAUGGUGAAAAAAGGAUAAGUGUCGAGGAAGGAGAGAACAAGAUUGAGUACAGAGUCUGGAAUCCAUUCAGAUCAAAGCUGGCUGCGGCCAUUUUGGGAGGUGUCGAUCAGAUCCACAUGCCUCCUGGCAGCAAAGUGUUGUAUCUGGGAGCUGCUUCCGGGACCACUGUCUCUCAUGUCUCCGAUAUUGUAGGACCUGAAGGAUUGGUGUAUGCGGUUGAGUUCUCACAUCGAUCGGGACGAGAUAUGUUGAACGUUGCGAAGAAAAGGACGAACAUAAUUCCGAUAAUCGAAGACGCGCGCCACCCGCACAAGUACAGGAUGCUGGUCGGAAUGGUGGACACUGUGUUCGCCGAUGUCGCGCAGCCUGACCAGGCCAGGAUUGUCGCCAUCAACGCCCAGCACUACCUCAAGAAUGGUGGCCACUUCGUCAUCUCCAUCAAGGCUAAUUGCAUUGAUUCCACUGCCCAACCAGAAGCUGUUUUCGCCGGUGAAGUGAAAAAAUUACAAGCAGAGAGGCUGAAACCUCAAGAACAGCUAACUUUAGAACCAUAUGAGAGAGACCAUGCCGUUGUUGUUGGUAUUUACAGGCCUCCUGCAAAAAAUAAGGGCGAAUAAUAGUUAUAGUUAUUAAAUAGGUUAACCAUUAUUGUUUUACUGUCAGAUAUUCUUAUCAUUGCAAGUUAUCUGUUGGACUCUUGACUAUUAUUUCUUAAUUUUAGGCCUGUAUUUCGCUUUUAGGAUAAGGAGAAUUAUAUUUCAUUGAUUUUUUACGUAUCAUAAUAUGUUCCGUUCAACCAGUCUCAUGAUAAGUUUUUAAUUUCAAGACCAAGUCGUACCAAGUGUGAUAAAUUUUAAUCUCAGAUCGGUGUAUUGCUCAAUAUGAUUAGCUAAUGUUGAUCUUUGUAGAUGCAACCAAUCAUUAGAAGAUUCUUUGGAUAACUGGAGUUCUAUGUCAUUUUAGUAGACUUAUUUUAGCAUUGAUUCGUUUCUCUAUUUAGUUUAUUUUGAAGUGCUUGAACUUGUUCUCUAAAUCAUGCCGAUGUUCAGCAAUGCAACAAUAAAAUGAAGUGGUACGGAACCUACCUAAAACUGUAGGUUCACUCAUCUCUCAUUAUCAUCAGACUCAUCACCCACACACAAGCCUAGAGCCUAUGUGGGGUACCCUCAUAAAAAAAUUAAUAAGUUGACCGAUUAUUACAUAUGCAUGGUAGAUAAUUUACCCGUGAUGCUUCAUAUUUAGAGGCUUCAUACUUAUAUUCAUCAGUUCUAUAAUAUAGAAUCCAACUCUUCAACUCUUGAAGAUUGUAUAGAAUAGCCUAGUUAUUAUUACAUAAGAAAUUCAUACUUCUGAUAAAACUGCCUUUUGGAUUCUACAUUUUACUGAACACAAUACCACAGAAUAGGUACAGAAUGAAAACAACUGUCAAUCAAACGCCUAUCCAACCAAUGUUUUUUACCUGUCGCAAAUACUAGACACGUCACGUGACCUUAGGAAGUUCCAAUCCUGGUCUUCUGAUUGGCUCAUGGCAGUGAACGAGAUCAAUUGAUCCGGAUAAUUAAAGUGAUCCGAACCUCUCAUCAAUACUAUUACAAUGCGGCGCUUCCUAACAAGAUGGCGGAUUUUUGCGCCAGGGUACUAUCAAAGUUUCCAUACUGUAUGUAUACUGUGACAAUACCAUUGCAUUGUGGCAUCGAAUAAUACUUUUGAACUCCGUUGCUAUGACAUCAUCAGCUAUUUUAUCAGAAUAAUUGGCCUGUAGAAUUGUACAUGUUAAUUUUAACCAUAUGCCAAUCCAUCUCCAUGGUAUGCAUUGAAUUAAGGGUUGAGUGUUUUAUAAAACCUGAAUGGAAUUCACAAGCUAUUACUCUUCUGCUUUAGUGACAACUGGUUUUCGGUGUGCGCGCGCAAGUGUCAUGACGCAUUUUUGUGGGCACAACUGUCACUAAUGUUGAAAACAAUCGUCUAUUGUCUGUGGGUUGCAGGUCUUUGUUUAUUCAUGUUUUUGAUGUGGUUGUUGCAUUGCUGAUGAUAGUGCAUUUUUUUAAUAUAACAAGAGAAGAGUAUUAUGGUAUAAACAUUUUCAAUUAAGAUUUCAUCCACUAUGAAACUUGGUUGUAGACUACAUUAGUAAAGUUAGGAACUAUAACUUAUUCCUUAGCAAGAUUUACAGGUAUAAUUGUUUUCAAAUAAUUUGUAUCAUAUAGAGCCUUUGUUAUGAUUCCAACAAUAAAUUUAUUUUAUACUUUCA